AUGCUUAAGUUGGGCUUUCCAAGAGAUUGGAUUGCUCUGAUCAUAAGGUGUAUAGAAUGGGUUUCAUACUCAAUCCUCAUUAAUGAGUCUCCAAAGAAACAAUUCUCUCCCUCUAGAGGACUUAGGCAGGAGGACCCACUAUCCCCUUACCUGUUUAUCCUAUGUGUUGAAGUUCUGAGUACCAUGUUGAACCAAGCUGAGGCAAAAGGCUCCAUCUUGGGCAUCCCAAUGGCUAGAGGUAGAUUACUCAUUAAUCAUCAGUUCUUUGUAGAUGACAGUCUACUUUUUUGCAAGGCCAAUGAAGCUGAGUGGAGAAGGAUGAUUCACAUACUAACUAUGUAUGAAAAUGCCUCGGGGCAGAGAUUGAACAAAGCCAAGACAUCCAUCCAGUUCAGCAAGAACACCUCUAAGGCCAUCCAAGAACUUAUCCUCCAGAUAGCAGACAUCAGAUUCACCUUAUCCUAUGAACUUUAUCUAGAUCUUCCUGCCAUGGUUGGGAGAUCAAGGGUUGGGUCAUUCAGAAGUAUCUUUGACAAAAUGAAGAAGAGAGUAAACAAUUUCAAGAUUAAGUCUCUCUCACAAGUUGGUCAAGAAACCGUCCUGAAAGAAGUGGUACAUGCCUUAUCUAUCUACUGUAUGGGGGUAUUUAAGCUACCCCAUUCCCUUAUUAACCAGAUGAAUAGCAUCAUGCAUAAUUUCUGGUGGGGUCAGUAUGAGCAGGAAAGAAAAGUGCAUUGGAUAUCAAUGUCCACCACGGGGAAAUUGAAGAAAUGUGGAGGGAUGGGCUUUAGAGACAUAGUGAGUUUCAAUAUUGCAAUGCUGGCUAAACAGACCCUCUUACAUCUGGAGGAGUUUGUUGGUAACAAAAUCCUUAGUGGACAAUGGAUCAGUAUGGAGAGUAGGCAACGGUUGCAGUGUUCAUAUUUGUGGGGACAAGUGGCUCCCUCAAACUUAUUCAGGCAGAGUGACAAGUGUAGUGCAAGGGGGGAUGCUCAAGCAACUGUCAACUCCCUGAUUGAUCAUGUCACAAGGAGGAAAAUUGUUGAAGAGCCCUUGUGCCCUGUAUGCUUAAGGGAGGCAGAAUUUGUUUGCCACAUUACUUGGGACUGUCCUGCAGCCCAAGAUGUAUGGGGGCAAUGCUCGAGGUUCCCACAAAAGAAGUCAUUUCCUCCCAUGUCAUUCAAGGAAUUAUGGUUCCACUUGUGCAUAACUGCUAAUAUGGAGAUUCUUGAAGAGUUUGUUGUGAUCUCAAAACUCCUCUGGCAGAGAAGAAACAAGUUUAUUUUCCAAAAGGAAUUUAGUCAUCCCUCGAGUAGUUUGAAACAAGCUCAUGGUGAGUUAGGCGAAAUGGAGGCCCUUAAGAACUCGAGAACAAGGUUGCAAACUGUAGAACAGAUUAAAGAGAAAUGGACUCCUCCUCCACUAAGCUCCUACAAAAUCAAUUGGGAUGCAGUCGUGGAUAAGACUAACUGCAGAAUUGGACUUGGGGUGGUUGUAAGAGAUCAUAGAGGCUUGAUGAUUGAUGCCUUAAGGAUGAAUAGGCCACUGUUCCCUGACCCUUUACUAGCAGAGGCGUAUGGGCUUUUUGAAGCAACCAAGCUGGGAAUACAACUGGGUUUGUCCAGGUGA